GUCAGAAAAACUAGAGAUUAUCACUGAUUGACUGUGCAACAGACUGAGGAAAAGAAAGUGAGAGUUGAGAAAGCACCUUUUACAUGAGCAGCGAGGAUUGAUGACCUUCAGUGGGGUAUUUUGAGCACAUGGUGUAAGGCUUCCACCCAUCUGCAACUGAGUUGUUUGGAGGAGCAAGGCGUGGAGGCAGAGGAGACUGAAACAAAAUAGUUGAGAGAAUGAAAGCUGCAGGUCAACUAGGAAUACCAAAGGAGACCACCCGGGACUGCAACAAGAAAGGACUAGAACAACUUCAGUUACCCACCAAAUCACCGACAUUUUGAUAGUUUAUCUGGACUCAAUAUUCCUGGAAUGUGUAUCAAAAAGUGAGUGACUCCAUUGAUCAGCCACCAAGUUGCAGAUGCUACUAUGAUUUCAUCCUGAGUUCCCUAGGUAGACAACCUCUCCAAUGUUUCCUGAAACCUCAUCUCUCCAAAACAGUGGAAAAGGACUCCAUCUCUUUGCCUCCAUCCAUCUCCAUUUCAGAAAUGGGACCCAAUGGCACCUUCAGCAAUAACAGCAGCAACAGGAACUGCACAAUUGAAAAUUUUAAGAGGGAUUUCUACCCCACUGUGUACCUGAUAAUAUUUAUCUGGGGAAUCCUGGGAAAUGGCUUUUCCAUAUAUGUUUUCCUGCAACCGUAUAAGAAAUCCACACCUGUGAAUGUUUUCAUGCUAAACCUGGCCAUUUCAGACCUCCUAUUCGCAAGCACACUGCCCUUCAGGGCUGACUAUUACCUCAGAGGCUCCAACUGGAUAUUUGGGGACCUAGCCUGCAGAAUUAUGUCUUACUCCAUGUAUGUCAACAUGUACAGCAGUAUCUACUUCCUGACUGUGCUGAGUGUCAUUCGAUUCCUGGCAACUGUGCACCCCUUCCGGCUUCUCCAUGUCACCAGCAUCAGGAGUGCCUGGGUUCUCUGUGGGGCCAUAUGGGUCCUUAUCAUGGCCUCUUCAACAGUGCUCCUGAAGAGUGGCUCUGAGCAGAAAGGCAACACUACCUUGUGUUUAGAAUUGAAUCUCAAGAAAAUUGGUAAACUGCAGACUAUGAACUACAUUGCCUUGGUGGUGGGCUUCCUGCUGCCCUUCUUCACACUCAGCAUCUGUUACUUGCUGAUCAUUCGAGCUCUUUUGAAGGCCGAGGCUCCAGAAUCAGGCCUGCGGGUAUCUCAUAGGAAGGCACGGACCACCAUCAUCAUUGCCUUGAUCAUCUUCCUCCUGUGCUUCCUGCCCUAUCAUGUACUGAGAACCCUCCAUUUGGUUGUAUGGAAAGCGGGCACUUGCACAGACAGGCUGCAUAAAGGUGUGGUCAUCACACUGUCCUUGGCAGCAGCCAACAGCUGCCUCAACCCUCUGCUUUAUUACUUUGCUGGGGAAAAUUUUAAGGAACGAUUAAGAUUUGCACUAAGAAAAGGUCACCCACAAAAGACACAGUGCAGACUUCCUGUCUGUGUGUGGUUGAAAAAGGAAACACCAGUGUAAGGGGUUGUUAGGUGAGAUUUGUUCUUGUACCCUCUUAUCUAAGUUGACCUUUAUUUACAACAUUCCCAAAUGACAAGAAAGUUCCCGUUGCCUUUCUCUUGCCAGUAGAUUGUCUCCAAAAGACCUUGUUAUUUUCACCAUUCCCAACAAAACUUGACACCCAACAUUUGACUAAUGAUGGCUUUUCUUAAUAGGCCUACUUCCAAAUUUUCAUUUGAUGUGUUUUCAGAUGCUAUUGAAUCUAAAUGACAAAUGCAGGCAGAAAAAUUCAUAGUAGUCAUCAAUCUGAAAUGUCAAACUAGGGGGGAAAGCUGAGCACAGUGAAGGCUGCUUAUGAUCAGAUUCUAAACCACAUCUCCAGCUAUCCAGACAUUUUAAAAUUCUUGACUUUAAGAUAAGCUCAAUUUUCCCAGCUCCUUAAACUCCUCCUUCCUCUUCAGUCUCCCCUGAGAUGCAGCCAAUUAACAAAGCUACUGGAAGCCCCAGAACAGAUAGGAAAAUUAUCCUAAGAUAUCAGGGGGAAGACUCAUACUUGAAGAGGAAGCCUGCCUUCUAGCAAGGCAUAUUGAAGAGCCCAAACAAAAACAGUGAAAGAAAAAAGGGGAAGAAGACUGUGGCUGGUGAAACAGAGCUGCUGAAAA